GUUCGGGUAAUGGUAGAACACCGGAGUACUGCAGAACUUACUCUCUCUCUCUCUCUCUAGAUAUAAGAAAUAUAUAAAGGGAAAAAUAAUGAAGGAAACUGUAUGCUUUAGUUUUCAUAGUUUAUAAUCUCUAUAAUUCUUUGUCAUUUAUACAUACAUUUUUGGAUAUACAUAUAUAUUAUACAGUGGGAAUUUGGAGUGCCGGCAAUGGUGGACAUGAGGUUCUUGGUCAUGGCCGUGGCGGCGGUGGUGGCUACUGCCGCCUUUAUGUCGGCGGAAAGUGCCGGCGGUGUCAAGAGAGUGCUGACUCUGGAGAGGGCGUUUCCGGCGGACCAGAAGGUGGAGCUGGAGGCGCUGAAAGCUCGGGAUAGGGUGAGGCACGCCCGAAUCUUGCAGAAUUUUGCCGGUGGAAUCGUGGAUUUCCCGGUCGUUGGUACCUCAGAUCCCUAUCUCGUGGGACUUUAUUUUACCAAAGUGAAAUUGGGUUCUCCUCCAAGAGAAUUUAACGUGCAAAUUGAUACCGGGAGUGACAUUUUGUGGGUUACUUGCAGUUCGUGUAAUAAUUGCCCCCAGACUAGUGGACUUGGAGUUGAGCUCAAUUUCUUUGAUGCUGCUAGCUCAUCAACAGUAUCCUCUAUUUCCUGUGCAGACCACAUAUGUGCUUCUAUAGUCCAAACUGCGUCUGCUGAAUGCUCUACUCAAAGCAAUCGGUGUGGUUACUCGUUCCAAUAUGGAGAUGGAAGUGGCACUGCUGGUUUCUAUUUAUCUGACCUGCUCUAUUUUGACACAAUUUUGGGAACCUCAUUAAUUGCUAAUUCUUCUGCUCCCAUUGUUUUCGGGUGCAGCACCUCUAUGUCCGGGGACUUGACUAAAUCAGAUAGAGCAGUUGAUGGAAUUUUUGGUUUUGGCCAGCAGGGUCUCUCAGUAAUAUCACAAUUGUCAUCACAUGGGAUUACUCCUAAAGUGUUUUCCCAUUGCUUGAAAGGAGAGGGAAAUGGUGGAGGUAUACUAGUUCUUGGAGAAGUUUUGGAUCCGAGAAUCGUUUAUACUCCCCUUGUUCCAUCACAGCCACAUUAUAAUUUAUAUCUACAGAGCAUAGCUGUCAAUGGGCAGGUGUUGCCUAUUGAUCCGGCGGUGUUUACGACUUCAGGCAACCAAGGGACUAUUGUUGAUUCUGGAACUACUUUAGCAUACCUUGUCGAAGAAGCUUAUGAUCCUUUGGUUGGUGCUGUAAGUUUGCAUCCCCUGUUCCUUUUUCUCUCAUCCCUUUUGUUGUAAUUUUUAGAGUGACAGUUAGAAAGUCGUGAAGAUUCCAGUUUGAUGAUGUUUGAGAUAAGCUUAAAUACUC